AUGGAAGCCUCUCAAAAUAUAGGCAGCUUGUCUAUUAAUGAAAAAGAAACCACAAUAAGUUUUGAUGAAGACAGAUUGGGGCUAAAGAUACUUGCCGAAGGAGAAUCGGAUUUUGACAAUAUUACAUUGAGAGAUGGAUCUAUUGAUCAGAAAGAUGGAUUCACAUGAAAGAUAUAUACUUCAUCGAAUAAACUCCCGAAUUAUAACAAUCUUAAAAUUAUUCGAUGUGAGAAAAAUACCAAGCAAAAUCAGAGAAUCCUUAUGAAAAUUCUUGGAGAGACCUUAGAUGGUAGGCUUAAAAAUUUGAAAUUAGUGAGAUACAUGACAAUAGGUACUGACCAAUCCUGCCAUUUUAGUUUCAAGAAUCAGAAAUUAAUAUAUGGGCUUACAUCAAGAUGUAUGAGAGAGUUGAUUUUGUGUAGCUUGGAUCUUAAUAUGAAGAGAUUCUCUAAAAUUAUAAUCCUCUCAUCUCCAGUAGAACAUUUAUGAUUAAAAUAAAUGCAGAUUUUCUUGAGAAAGCUCUGAUUCCUACUCAAAACCUAAUUCAUCACUUAUUGAACUGGAAAUCUCAGACUGAGUUGCUCAUGACAAUGGAGAAAUAGGAGAGGACUUCAAAACUCUAGACACUAUCCUUGAAUAUACAACCAAACACAUAACCAAAUUGGAGAUGCUUACAAUACAAACCAAUGCAGAUCUAUCAGAACUACAGAUCAUUGAUAAAAAUAACUGUGAGCUUCAUCUUUACUCCAGGUCAAGAGAGAUUUAUACUUUUAAGAAAGAACAGCCUUUUUUUGUAUAAAAUUUAACUCAUA